AUGACAGCGAUGGUGAUGGGAAUGGGAAUGGGAAUGGGCCGCGGGCUGGACCCUUUGCAGGGCCAGUGGACCUGCCAAUGCGGCUUCCGCAACAGAGACAUGAACCAAGUUUGUGGUGGCAACGGCCCCAUGGGCUGCAAGACACCCAAGCCGAAGGGCGCAGCGGGCGCAGCGGGACCGGGUGCGGUACCAUUGGCCUUUCAGUUGUGCCACUUGGAAUCCAUCGGUCUUCCCAUCCAGCGCCUGAACGGCGCGGGGCUGAACGGCGCGGGCCCAGCGAAGGCACCGCAAGUGAAACCAGCCGCACUGAACGGCGCCAAAAGCGACCGGGAGAUGAAACCCCAAAACGCCCUGCAGCAACCCGCCGCCCAUGCCACGCGACCUUUGUACAUGGAUGGGACCUACGUGUUUCACUGCGAAGCUUCGGUGGAAUUGCUGCAACUCAAGGAGGAAGAUCCAUCGAUUCUGUUGGUUGAGCUGGAACAAACCAUCUUCCACCCACAAGGAGGUGGUCAACCCAGCGACACGGGGAUCUUGAAGGCAGAUGGUCUGCCGGAUCUCACGGUGACCUUUGUGUGCAAAGACAAAGCCAAGGAGGGUGUGAUUCGCCACGAGUGCAAAGGCUCCACAGAUGAGCUGCAAAAGUGGUUGCGACGCUCCCAGGCGUCGGCUCUCCAGGUGCGUUGCCUCGUGGAUGAGCUGCAGCGCCGAAGGAACGCGCGGCUGCACUCGGCGGGGCAUCUGUUGGACGUGGCCAUCUACGAACUGGGAUUCAGGUGGCAGGCUGGAAAGGGAUAUCACUUCGAGGAGGGACCCUAUGUGGAGUACAUCCCGACCAAGGAGGGAAGACAGUUAGAUGUGAAGGAUGCCAAGGCGAAGGAUGCAGCCAUCACUGAGAUCUCGCAGAAGAUGAAGGAGUUGAUCGCCAAGAACGUCCCCACAGAGGUGGGUUUUGUGGACGGCAUGCGCACGGUGAAAAUGGAGGGCGUCUCCUGUGGCUGCGGUGGCACCCACGUGGAGGGCAGCGGUGAAAUUGGGGAGGCUGCACCACAACAGGCGAUACCUGCCGUGUCCUAUGCUCCGGUACGUCAAGGUAAGGGUGCGAUGGUGGCAAGGACCACGCCCUACGGAUUCGGUGGCAAGGGGCUCCAGGGGCUCCAGGCGCUCCAGGCGCUCCAGGGCCUCCCUCUGCAGUUCGACUUCGGCCUGGGCCUGGCCGGCGCCGUGCCCGGUGCCAUGCCUGGAGCCAACAAGGCCUUUGGCACUUGGACAUGCCGCUGCGGUUUCAGCAAUCGCGCAAGCAACAUGGUAUGUGGUGGUGGUGGAGAUCUUGGGUGCAAAGCCGCCAAAGAAUGGAUCUGUGGAUCCUGCAUGUUCGUGAACAGGAACAGCAACGCCGUUUGUGGUGGCAUCAGUGGCGCCUUGGGUUGCAAGGCGCCGAACCCCGAGGGCAAACCCGCCGGUGUGGCUGCAAGGCCGGCGAGCCAAUGGGCCUGUGAUUGUGGCUUCAUGAACAAGGCCCUCAACUCCGUCUGCGGCGGAAGCGGUCCUUUGGGGUGUAAGUUGCCCAGACCGCAGGAAGAAGCGACCGAGCCGACGCUGACGGAGCCGGUGAAGAUUGAAGCUGCAGCGUAA